CACUUUCAGCCUUUAUUAAAUGAAACGUUUCGUAUUUAAUUUAACAAUCUUGCUUUCUCAGAUGUCGGUAUGAGUGUCUCAAUCUAUUUGAUAGACAUCGCGACAUGUUGGAGUUGAUCAGAGUGUAUCGCUCACAUCGUAGUUUCAAGCCGCUAGUUUUCGGAGUGGAUGCGCGUACCCAGUAAGCCUUGCCAAUUGCGUGCUUUGACUAAUACCCUGAACAUUUUUCUGUGGCAUUCCAUACCUGCAUGGAUAAGUAGCAUUUUCAUGUCCGUCAAGCAGAUUCAACAAUUUGAGUGACCUGUUAUUUGAUUGAUUCAUUUUUCGGAUUCGGAUACUAAAGGUCAACUGUAGACUUUUCACGAUACACAAAUCUGACCCAGCACGAUGGUUCACGCAGACGCUUCCAACUUCGCCGAGGGCGUGACAAAAGAGCAGGCGUAUGAGCAGGUUCUGUUGCAGGCUGAAGGACUAUUCGAUGGCCAGAGGAAUUGGGUCUGCAACUUGGCAAAUGCGGCUUCAUUGCUGUGGCACGCGUAUAAGUCAUUGCCUUCUCCGAGCAAUCAAGUGAACUGGGCCGGCUUCUACACGUUAGAUCCGCUGAAGACGGAAAAGCCACAGCUCAUACUCGGCCCGUUCCAGGGUAAAGUGGCGUGCCAGACCAUCCUCUUCGGCAGAGGCGUCUGUGGAGCAGCGGCGUCAACUCAAACAACGCAGCUCGUUCCGGACGUUGAGAAGUUUCCGGGUCAUAUCGCCUGCGACGGGGAUAGUAAGAGUGAGAUUGUGGUCCCCAUUUUCGCGGACGAGGGAGAUUCAAGGAAAGUUGUCGCCAUCAUUGAUAUUGACUGUGCAGAUUUCAAUGGGUUUGACGAGGUCGAUAAAAAGUACCUUGAACAACUCGCUGAGCUGCUGGGACGGAGCUGUGAUUGGUAAUUAGAUCCAAUACACGAGUGCAUUUCAAAAUAAAAAGCGGCUAUGAUUUCAACCUCAGUAUCGAAUCAUUCUCUCCUUCAAGAGAAAAUCCUCCAUUUGAUCUUCAUUGAUUUGGCUACAU